UUAUGUUAUAUUGAUCAGCGCCAUCAAAUUGUCAAGUUUCUUCAUGACUUUUUUUGUAAACAUUGGUGAAAUCCUCAAAUGUUCUGAUUAUUUGUUGUAAACAUUUGCUAUAUUUGAAUGCAUUUCAGCUGUUGUCAUAGUGAUGGACAAUUAGCGAAAUAAAAAAAACAGAAAAUAAGUCUGUGUGUCUCUGUCCAGCAGUUGCCAAGAACGCCAUCUCGAUUUUUAACAGAUAAUUUGAAGAUUGCUAAAAUAUGUCUGGAAUUCGGGACAGAAUUCGAAAGAAAAAGAAGGAUAAAUUACUGGCAGAGGGAGAUGAAGAAGAGGGAAUAUCUAAUCCUUCCAUGGAUGAAGAGAUUACAGAGUAUACACAGCCAAGUGGGACAGACUCCUCACCAGAGAUGGAAGCAGCAGAGGCAGAUGCUCUGGUGAAAACCCUGAAGACAAAAAGAACAAAAAAGAAAAGAGAGUUGGCACAAGAAGUUAUCUCCCCUAAAGAUGAUCUUGCUCGUGAAUUGAAAGAAGCUAAGAAGAAAAGUAAAGCUAAAGUUGAUGAGUCUGUACGUCAAGAACUUGAAGAAACAACGGUGUCUGAAGUGGCUGAUGAUGGUACCCUGCCCAUGCCUGAGGGGGAAGAGGAGGGAGAAGGAGCACCAGGGGAACCAGUAUCACCAAAAGAAGAGGGGGAAGAAGAGAGCAGAAUUAAAAAAUUGAGGAGGAAAAAGGAACCAGUCGAAGAAACACCCAUUGAGCCCCCACCGGAGGGGGAAGAGGCCCCUCCUGCUGAAGAGGUGAAGGAAGAGGAGAAGAAGGAAGAACCUCCUCCAAGGCCUCCAUCUCCAGUGGAAGCUGAACCAGAGACAGAAAGGAAAACCCCCAGAAUGGCCUCAAUGAGGGCAAAAAUGAAAGAAAGAUUGGCGAAAGCUAAGGAAGAGGCAAUGACUGAAGUUAAAGAAGAAGCUAAGGAGAGCAGAAGAGAGCGGAGGUUACAGAGAGAUAAAACACAGAAAACUCGCUUCGAUACAGAUCAACCAAGAUCCAAGUAUGACGAGAUGGAAGCUGAGGAAUUGGAAAGAAUGACUGAAGAAAAAAGAAAACAGAGAGAAGAAAGAAAGAAGAAACUUGCAGCUACAAGAAAAGAGGGUGUAUAUAUGCCAUCUGCAGAGGAGGCAUUUGAUUUCUUUACACGAGUUUGGGAACCAGAACCUGAGGAGGAAGAGGAAGCUGUGGAGAAAGCAGAGACGGAGAAGAAAGAGAAAAAAGAGGGAGAGGAAGAGCCAAAAGAAGGGGAAGAACCAAAAGAGGGAGAAGAACCAAAAGAGGAAGGGAAGGGUGAAGGUGAACCGAAACCUGGCAAAGCAGAAGAUGAGCAACCUUUGCUACCCCAAGAUGAGGAAGAAAUGGGCUAUGCACUUAUAGUUAUGUCAAAAGCAGACUUUCCUGAUCCAGAUGAGGCUAUACGGAAUGAAGAAAAAUUGUACUUCUACCCAUCUAAUUCAGAAAUUCCAGCCACUGACAAAGUUGCUGAGGAGAUGGAAGUGAGGCGUCUUGAAGAGGAGGGUUUCUAUGUGGGUACCAAGCCUUCAACCUCGGGCUGGAACCAGAAUCGAAUGGAACACAGAUUGCUCAAAGAAAGUGAAGUUGGGAAAACAAGUAGCAAAAAAUGGUUUGGAGAAGAUGGCAAAUUGUUGGCUUUACCUGACCCCCUCAAAGUGAUGCCCUCAAGGCCGCCAAUUACUGAAGAAGUGGAGCCCUACUUGCAGACAGUCUAUAAAAAGGCAAUAAUGCGUGAAUUUGAUAACCGGUACAUAGAUGGCACCACCGAGGGCGGUGGACAAUAUCAGCUGGAUGUUGAUAUUAACCAGAUCUGUUUCUCCCAUCAUCACUUGUUCAGUCGGGAACACGUCCUUGCUGACAAGCUUACACAGAUGUAUUAUCAGUAUGUUUUACGCCAAAAGAAAAAUAUGACGGAAUACUUGGGGCAGAAGCUGAAAGCAUUGAAAGGAUCAGCGCUACAUCUCCAGGAUCAUAUAGCAGCUCACAGGGUAAAUAUUUCACCUCUUUCUCCAGUAGGCAGCAAAAGCCUAAAUACAUACAGGUCGGGAACCAUGACAACACGUGAACCAACUGGGAGGAAACAAGAGGACAUUAUUGAGGGAACAACGGUGCGGCCGUUUGUUGAAGUGAUGUUCCAGCACAACUCUAUCAGGACCUCAGUGGGGGAUGGGUCAAAUCCUAGCUUUAAUGAAGAACUAGAGAUUCCAUUUAAAGCUCCAAAUGAUGACUUUAGUCCCAGUAACCUACAGACAUUGGGUGAUAGCAUAUUUUUGAAUCUCUUUGAUGAAGUUGUUGUUGAUAUACAGCAGGAUGACAGAGAAAGGGGUAGCUCAGUACAUCAGAGAAUAGAAAAGAAAUGGCUGGGAAGUCUAAAAAUUCCUUUUACUACCGUCUAUUUUAAUGGAAAGAUUGAUGGUUCAUUCCGAGUAAAUGCUCCACCGGUGUUGCUAGGUUAUGUACAUGAGACGCUACAAGCAGGAGAGAUGGAUGUUGGUUUAGAUAAAGAUAUUAAAACGUUACUGAGCAUGUUUAUAACAAUAGAACCUCCACUCACGCAACCUGAACCAACGAAAGAAAGAUUUAGCACCAAUGAGGAUGAGAAGCUAAUGGUAUUUGCUGAUGAAUGGCAGGAACGCGUGUCCUCGUUAUUCACACCUAAACGUGAAGUGAAAACAUUUGUAACAGACACUAACUUUAAAUCAGUGUUUAUUACAAGAUACUUUAAAGGUAUCAAACCUCCGGAAGAGUUAACGAGUAAAGGAUUAUCUGCUGAAGCCACAUCAGAGCUUGUUGCAAGAUAUGUGUCUUUGAUUCCAUUUGUAUCAGAUUCUAUGAUAUUUCCAGGACUCUGUGAUAUCUGGAACACUUGUGAUCAAUUUCUUCAGAUGUUGUCUGGAGAUGAAGAGGAGCAUGCCAUCUUGUUGGUCAAUUAUUUCCUGUCCCUAGGAAAGAAGGCGUGGCUUAUCUGUGGGUCAGCCAUCCCUGAGGGUCCCACAGCAUAUGUGCUGACGGAGGAAGCCAAUGGGUUUUGGGUUUGGAAUCCAAGCAGCGGGGAACACUUCCGAACGCAAGAUACUAACAGCCCGCUUCAAACUAUAGGAUGCCUGGUCAACCAUGAAAAUAUCUGGGCAAACAUUCAGCAGUAUGAUAAACCAUCGCAGAUCAUGUAUAAUCUUGCCAAUGCUGCAAUGUGGGAACCACUGUUCACCAAGAGAUACCCAUCCCCAGGUCUCGGUAGCAUACAGCCGGAUUCCUUGUAUUAUUUCCCUACAGACAAGGAUUAUGUAGUGGAGCUACAGGAGAAGAUACAGUCUACACUGAAGAACAAGAUAAUGGACUGGAGGAGUCGUUACAUCACACGAUGGAACAGGCAUUGUACACAGAUCAUGAGGAAAAUGCUGCCAGUGUUGGAAGAGAACUGUGGUAAAGCAGUGGGAGAACAACACAUUCAUGAGCUUGAACAGUCCUUUAGUUCUUACAAGGUUUCUGGGUUCCCAAUAAACAUGCCAUUCACAGAGAUAGAUCCAAUUGUUGAGACGGUCUACGCAACUGGGGUUCAUGCCCAGGAGUCAAGUGAUGUUGAGUUUGCACUGGCAGUGUACGUCCAUCCCUAUCCAAACUCUGUCCUCUCAGUGUGGGUGUAUGUAGCUUCGCUAAUGAGGUUGAGAUAGUGACUGGAUAUAGUUCAGUGUAGAAAUACUAGGUUGUCUGAAAUUAACAAACCGUCAAAACAUUUGUCCGAUCACCAAUGGUGUCACUAUGUGCCAGUUUGCUAGAAAUUGUUUCUAAACUUACCAUAUUUAUGUAGCAGUCAAAGGAAUUUCAAGACAUUUUUUUAAAAGCACGAUACUGAAAAUUUUGAUUUGAAAGAAACGGAAAUAUAGUAACAUUUAUCUAAAAUAAAAUUUAAAAUAGAUUAAAGAAUUGUAUCUUUAAUUUAAUCAGUUGACUCGGGUCAAGUUAACAUAUUAAUGACUGCGGAAGGCCUUUUAAGGAUAAAUUAUACAGUAUAUACUCUUAAGAUUCAAAUUUAUUGUUUGAGAGCUUGUAAUGUUGUCAUGAAACUGGUACAGUAACAAACUUUAAUUUACAGAAGAAUGUGUGAAGGACUUGUGUUUUGACAUAGACAUUCCACAUCCGUCCAUUAUCAAUAUCUGUGAUAUUUAUUUUAGACAGUACAUUUAUGUAGAUAUAUAAUUUAUUUUACAUGUAUUGUAAAUAAAAAUAAUUUUAUUGUAUCUUGUGGAAUUGUGCUAUUCAAAUUUGAAAUUUGUAGAAAUAAAAGAAACCAAAUAAAUAAGAUAUAAUAAACAAC